AUGAGACGACUGGAAGGAUUCCCAUCCACAUGUCUGAAGAAGAUCAGUAAGGUCACAGAUCUGUUCGUUCUGGAUGAUAGAGGAAUAUUGUAUAGACUUCCACACUCUAUUCGCGGAAGCCGACGAGACGUUGUGGAUAAUCUGAGAUUGGUUGUCCCAAGUUCACUUCGGGAAGACAUGUUGCACCAUGCGCAUGAAGAUUUUCAAGGUAGACAUCAUGGGAUAAGCCGGACUCAUGAGAAGCUACGUACCGAAUUCUACUGGCCCGGUAUGUACACGGACGUCCAACAUUUUGUGAAGGAAUGUCCAGUGGAAAAGGAGGCCUCCCUAAUGCUGGACCUUCGCCAGGGAAUAUUGAACCACGUUUUCGUGACUCACAUGCCAGAGUCGGCCAGAGGGAACACUAUCGUUCUGCUGUUUCAAUAUAUGUUUUCAGGGUAUGUGAUGUGUAAAUCCAUAUCGGCUACUAUCGCUCAAGAUGUCGCUAAGGCUUAUGAGGAACAAGUGUUCCAGAGAUUCGGGGCGUCUUCCAUGAUACGGCACGAUCAGGACCCGCGGUUCAUGAGUGAAGUGUUCACAAGGUUCCGAGAACUCUUAGGUAGGCGACAACGUGCUAUACUCGGAUACCGCCCACAAGCGAAUGUGCAGCAGGAGAGAUCUGUACAAACGGUCAUUCGGAGUGUUCGAGCACACGUCGCCGAGAUGGAUCAGUCCGACUAG